AGCCCACUUGGGGAGCAUAAGCACUAAUAACACUCAAAGUACAUCCUCCAAUGACCAGCUUAAUCGUCAUCAGCCUAUCACUGAUCCUCCUAACCUCCACCACUUGCUCCCUCAAAUCCCCGUCUACUAAAAUACCCACUCCAUUUCUAUCCCUAGACCCUCCUGAAUACCACAACUUAAACCCAUCAACCUCCCGAGCCUUGGCGCCUACCCAUCUAGUCUCUUGGACACAGGCUAUAUUAAUCUUUCUCUUCUUGAGAAUUUUCACUAGCUCUAUAUUCCAUAUUCCUGAAUUAUUGAUCCAAGAUUCUUGAAACUUCUUCUCUUGAAGAUGACAACCUAAUGGACUAAUGGGAUAAUUAGCACCCCUUAUGGUGGACCCGACCCCGCUUAGUGGGAUUUCACUUGGUAUGUUGUUGUUGUUGUUGUAAGCUUUCUCCAAUAAAUCUAUGCAUCUGGACCUACUUUCAGUCUUCAGUGAGUGAAGGUUUGAUACUGCAGUUAAUCCAGUCAGAAGCUAAAUUAGAGUAGAGAAUGAGGCUAAAGAAGUUUGACAUACUUACUUCAUCAAAAAAAGAAGAAGUUUGACAUACUAACUUUGUUAUAAUGCCUUUCUGCUAAGUGUGCUAGAAUUUUUAGAGUCCCGAUACAUGUACUGAAAAGGGUAAAACCAAGAAAAAGAGAACAUAACUUCUAUCUGCAUUCCUGAUUUGUAUUGAGGAAUUAAUUACUCAUUAGAUGAUGACUGUUUGUUCAAAGUGGCUAGGAUUUUUUCCCUUAUCAUUUUUGUUGGACUUUAUUCUCAAACUUGUAAGCUUUUGGUAUUUCAAGAUGUAUCUGAGUAGUAGAACUGUUAUGAGUUGAACAAUCUUAGGAUGAUAUUUACUUAAUAUUAUUGAGAUUUUUCCUCCUAACUUAUCACUUUCAAGAAAGUAAAGCUUUUUAGAUACAAUACACGCAUUAUGCCCGGAACCCUGACUUCUAAUUUUGGUGUGGAUAUUUUCUGUUACCAUGGAGUACCAUUUGACUAGUGAAUCAUGAAUUGAUUCAUCCACAUGAACACAAUGCACUAGCAAUUUUUCAUGUCAAAUGAAGCCAUUUAAACACUUGCCCCCCUUUCCCCAACAAAUGAAGAAAAAGGAGACAGAUGGAAUAAUGGGGAUAAGUAGUGGAAUAGUGGAGAUAAGAUUAUGAGAAUACUAAAAUGAUUCUUUUCUUAUGACUUAGUUUCCAUAAAAAAUUAGAAGUAAUAGCAUAUAUUUUACAAACAUAUGGCUAUUGGGAGAUUGUAUUAAGUGUUUAUUUGGUUGUAAUAUAAAGGGUCAGAUUAUGAUUCCUGCCUUAGGAUGAUUCUGCAAAUCGAAGCCUGUAGAAGGAAAAUUUGGGAAAUGAACCCUUCUUAGAUGUACCCCAAGAGUUUUAUGUUUUACCCAACUUAAUAAUGCUGCCAUCUCAUUUAUUUGGUGAUGAGAGGGAAACACUUAUCUUAUAACUUCUACUACUAAAACUCAAAUGAAAGAUAAUUGAAGAACAUAUUCGUCUUUUGGUUUCUCUUAUAACAUGAGCUAUUCUAACUGAGGUAAGUCAUUCUAACUGCUAUGGACUUGUAUGUCAGCCCUAGACUAUUCUGGACCUCUAAAUUUAUUAUUUGCGCACUUUUUAUUUCGGAGGUUAAGAUUGCUGGGAAACUAGUAGAAUUUCUUGGAAUUUGAUCAUAUUCAAGUUUGUCAUCUGUGAUUUAUUUAAAAUUGAAAAAAGAUUUAUAAUUUGCUAGCUUUUACUUGGUGCAUUAUGUGGUGUCUAUUUGAUAACUGCUCAUCUUUGAUGUUUCUACAACAUUGUUCUUCCACAAGAAACUUUGUGGAAGUUAUUCACCUUUUCGAUUUUUUUCAAAUAACUUGAAAAUAUUUGUUUCUCCGGUGAACCAAAUCUUUAAGUAUUUUAGUUGUUAAAAAAGGGAACUUUGUUAUGCCAAAGAUAGUAAGAUUCUGUAGAUUGAUGCUUUUGUUGAUUGUGGUGUGGAGCAUUUCGUUCGAAUUUUAUGUCAAAACAUUUCAAAAUUGAAUCUUUUGGUACACCAUUUGUGUAACUGGAUGCCUUUGUUUUACUUUAUGAGGUGCAAGGCAAAAGUCUGAUUUAGGAUUUUAAGUUAGUGGGUGCAAAGUACCUCGAACUGCUCCUUUGUGCCAAUGGGUGCAAACUUAUUAUAAAUACAUAUCUUCUAAUGUUUUUUAGCUGUAUAGUAUGAGCGAUAGUAGCGAAUGUGCAUAUGACAUUGUUGCAUCCUCUAUGUGCUAGUCUAUAGAUCUGUUUCAGAUAUCCUCUUGAUUGGUCUCUUGCAAAUAUAGAAAGAUAUGCUUCAUUGCUGUAGUUAUAGACUUGUAGUUCAGCUUAAGCGCAAUUUUCAUUCGUUGGGUCUUAUAAUAUUUUUUUGAUACGGAAUGCAGCGUCUUUUAAUGUAAUCUUCUUUUUAAUAACAAAAGUUAAAAAUAAGGGGACAAGAUCUCUUUAUUAUAUACUUUUUGGACCCGAUAUAGAAGGGACUUGUAGAUCCUAUUCCUAAUACAGAAAUAUCUGGUCAAAUUCUUACUAUUUUGCUCAUCUUGAAUAUCCCUUGUCGUAUUUUUUUUUACCUUCCCAGAGCUAGUUCAUUAAUCAGACAUUUACUGUUUGCUUGCUUUAAAUGGUUAACAAUUUUAAAAACAAAUAUGAAGUGAUUAAUAAAGGAACAACAGGCACUAGAUUAAUUUUUCUCCACAAAGUAAUUUUUUGCUGUAUUAAUCUUGCUUAGUUAGCCAGUGACCGUUUCAAAGUCUUAUAUAUUUGGUUGCUUUCCUCUAUGUUGAUGUGCACCUUAACAUCUAGAUCAAAAAAUCGUUGCGGUCAUUCUGUUUGAGUGUGCCACCUGCCUGUUACCCUUAACAGUCGCUCACUACUGUAGUUAAAAUCAACAACAACAACAUACCUAGUAAAAUCACAUAGAGUGGGGUCUGGGGAUGUUAGAGUGUAUGCAGUUACCCCUACCUCUUGGAGGUAGACUGUAGUUAAAUUAAUAGCUGAUUAAUGAAGUAGGAGUGUUGUGCCAUUUCUGUUAACCAAGUGUCAAGGGCAACAAAAAAUUAUAUAUAGAUGCACCAAAUAUUUAUGCUGGUCUUUGUCAUAUAUGGAAGUUAUCCAAUUUGGGAGAACUCUUCAGAAACUAUCCCUUUCGUGUCAAACCUUUCAUUGUGUAGAUCCAACAAAAUGAGCCUCAACCGAACAUGCAAUAGCUCCUUCUGGACCAAGGAGGAAGACAAAGCAUUUGAGAAUGCUUUGGCUGUAUUUUCUGGAGAUAGUGAUAAAUUUCUGAAGAUCGCUGCUGCUGUUCCUGGGAAAUCUCUUCAAGAAAUUAUAGAUCAUUAUAAUGUAUUAGUUGAAGAUAUUAAUGACAUAGAGUCUGGCAAAGUUCCGCUACCUAAAUAUGAGAGAAUGCAAAGUUCUUCUAGCUGCAGAAGUAGAUCAUCGGGAGCAGGGGUAGAACGGCGAAAAGGGCUUCCUUGGACUGCAGAGGAACACAGGUCUUUUCUCCAGGGGUUGGCAAAACACGGAAAGGGUGAUUGGCGGGGUAUAUCAAGGAACUUUGUGUUUUCUAGAACACCAACACAGGUGGCAAGCCAUGCCCAGAAGUACUACAGUCGAUUAAAUGACAAUAACGCAAAGAGGAGAAAAAGCAUUCAUGAUGUCACUAGUGUGGGUGCUGCUAAUAUUACUGAAUCUUCACAAGGACAAAAAUCUGACGAGUUGACAGGACCUUGUGGAGGACAAUCUCAGUGGCCAAUUGCCGACUAUGUGACUGAAGCUUUUGACACAGGGAUGCUAUCUUUACCAGGGCCAGUUACAAACUGCAUGACUGAUGCUAUUGAAGGACCAUCAGCUGUUAACCCCGAGAAAUUCCCACUUGUUGCUGCUCUUGGUAGUGAGUUGAAUAGUUCAUUUCCCGGUGUGGAUGAGUUCCUGCAAAGUGUAGAAGACCUAAUCAUUGUACCGGCAGAAGGCACCUCUGGAGUAUGCCAUGGGGUUGACACUAGGACAUCUCCAUCACUUAGCGUGCAACCAUCAGUUACUGAUGGCACCGGAAUGUACACUCAUCCAGUUUCAUUUCCCGACGUGCAUGAGUUCCUGCAAGAGGUAGAAGACCUAAUCUCUGUACCGGCCGAGGGCACCUCUGGAGCAUGCCAUGGGAUUGACACUAGGACAUCUCCAUCACUUAGCGUGCAACCAUCAGUUACUGAUGGCACCGGAAUGUACACUCAUCCAGUUUCAUUUCCCGACGUGCAUGAGUUCCUGCAAGAGGUAGAAGACCUAAUCUCUGUACCGGCCGAGGGCACCUCUGGAGCAUGCCAUGGGAUUGACACUAGGACAUCUCCAUCACUUAGCUUGCAAUCAUCAGUUGCUGGUGGCACCAGAAUGUACGCUCAUUCAGUCACUGUACUGGCAGAGGGCACCUCUGGAGUGUGGUGUGGAAUUGACACUAGAACAUCUCCAUCACUUAGCUUGCAACCAUCAGUUGCUGGUGGCACCAGAAUGUACCCUCAUCCAGUCAAUGUACUGGCAGAGGGCACCUCUGGAGUGAGUCAUGGGGUUGACACUAGGACAUCUCCUUCACUUAGCUUGCAACCAUCAGUUGCUGGUGGCUCUAGAAUAUACCCUCAUCCAGUCAAUGUACCGGCAGAGGGCAUCUCUGGAGCGAGCCAUGGGGUUGACACUAGGACAUCUCCAUCACUUAGCUUCCAACCAUCAGUUGGUGGUGGCACCGGAAUGUACACACAUCCAGUCACUGUACGGGCAGAGGGCACCUCUGGAGCGAGGCGUGGGGUUGACACUAGGACAUCUCCAUCACUUAGCUUGCAACCAUCAGUUGUUGGUGGCACCGGAAUGUACACUCAUCCAAUCAUUGUACCGGCAGAGGGCACCUCUGGAACGAGGCGUGGGGUUGACACUAGGACAUCUCCAUCACUUAGCUUGCAACCAUCAGUUGGUGGUGGCACCGGAAUGUACACUCAUCCAGUCACUGUACUGGUAGAGGGCACCUCUGGAGUAAGGUGUGGGAUUGACACUAGGACAUCUCCAUCACUUGGCUUGCAACCAUCAGUUGCUGGUGGCACGGGAAUGUACACUCAUGCAGUCAAUAAUGUUGGGUGUGAUCUGGAAGAGCUAAUGACCAAGCAGUUGGUUGGAGCUAGUCAAGUAGGUCUUACCAUUAACACUGCAAGUUUGCCAUCACCAAAUGCUGAUCAUAUUGGAGUCCAUGGUUGUAGUGUCGCUAAGAAUGGUUUUGUGAGUACCAUGGAAGCUCCUGGGGGAGGUUUUUCUGUUGAUUCCAUGCAGAUACCAUCAAUUCCUGGCCAUAUUGGAGGUGGAACUUAUCCCUGUUGGGAACCUAGCAGCAAGGACGACAGUAUCUUUGAUCUGGAAGACCUAUACACAGAUCACAUGUUUGGUUUUCACAAAUAAGAAUCUGUCAUUUAUAGUGGUAAAUCAUAACGUGUCCAUGGUUUCACUAGAACAACCACUGCUUUGUUACAGAUGAGCCAAUGCAGCUGGGGCCUAUUACUUCACAAACUCUCAUGCCAUUACGUGUUCCUUGCCCAGCUUGUUCAUUUGCAGCAUCUUCUAUUACCCCUUUCUAUCUUCAUGUCCUUCUAGAGAUGUCUCAUAUCCAGUACUGGUUCUAUUUGUGUAUGUAGUGUAUGGAAUAACAAACUUUAUCAGUAGCUUAUGUACAUAGAACUACUCCCCAUCCCCCCUACCCCUACCCC